CAAAUAAUUCAGUUUUCUAUUGCAAAACAACUUUUAUAGCUUAAUGUAUAAGGAAACAAUCAUAAACAAAGACCCCCUCAGGCCCUCAGGCCACCUCAGAACAUAGGGAGAGGCAGUGUUAAAGUGUUCUGAUGUAUGUAACAAGGCCUCUUUCUCUAUACAGGAAGUCUCCUAGUGCUCUUGAAGCAGAGCCACCUGCAGAAGGUCCUUAUUCAGGUUAUCUGGUGAUUACAGAUGAAGAAGCACAAGAGCAAGACACCUUUUGUUUUGGGGCAUGUAAGAGGAAGGGUGUUGAAAAGCUACCUUUUCCUCAAGACAAGAUGUUGAAUGUUGUUCAUGCAUCAGAGGUUGAAGAGACUACGGUCACUAGGGUCUGGUUUAUCCCAGUUCUUGAUCAGCCUCUAUCUUCCAAUCGAUACUAUGUUAUUCGAGCCAGAGGCAGAUACAAAGGGCUAGCAUGUUCAAGUUCAAGGGAGAUAGACACCAAACUAUGUUGCUUCUUCAGUGAUGUUAUAAGCGAUGCAAAACCAAAACCAUUUGAUCACAGAAAUGUUUAUCAACAUUUCAAGAUCCAUCGCCACCACAGGCAUAGUUUCUUCGCUAAAUCCACUGCUACUGAUUCUAUUCCUCCAAAAUUUUUAAGAAAAAAUGGAUGGGAACUUCGCAUCUCGAGGUCAUAUAGAUUGCAACUAAAUGAGGCUCUAGGCCUUGAUUCAUCUCUCAGAACACGCCUUCCAAAUUUCAAUUUCCCUAUGUAUAACAAGAAGUCACUUUCUGUUGUUGUCGGACAAUGGUACUGUCCCUUUAUAUUUGUGAGGGAGGAGUGUAGACUAAGGCGACAAAUGAAGAAAUCAUUGUUCUACAAGAUGACACUUGAGCAAUGGUGGCAACAGAUUCAUUCAUGUGACAAUGAGAACGAUGAAGAAAAUAUUGUGAAUAUCAGUAAACUUGUGAAAAGAGAAUUUACUUCAGUCUAUGGUAUGCAAGCUGAGAAGGAUAACAGAAUUAGCCAUGGAGGGUUUUGGUGGUUCAGAACUCUAACAAGAAACGAUGGGGGAAGGGGCAGUGUUGGUUUGAGUUUGGCAAUCAUGGAGAAAAUGAGAUGGUUACAAGAGGAGGGAGGUUGGUUUGAAGGAGGAGAGAGUGAAGUGAGGGUUGAAAGAGAAGAAGAAAUUGGAAGUGAAAGUGGGUGGAGGAGAUUUGCCUGUUACAUGUUGGUGGAGAGCUUUAAUUUGAGAAGAAUGGAUGGAACUUUGGUGCUGAGGUGUGACUUUAGGCACACUCAUAAGAUUCAAUCCAAAUGGGAAUGAACUCUUAUGAUCUUGUAAAUGUACUUCAUAUCUGAUAAAUGAAGGUGAAAUGCACAGUUUUGUUUGUUUGAUCGCUUCAUAUGUAAAUAGUAUGAAUCUCUCUUAUUCAAACCUUUCUAUCAGUUCGGUUCUAUAAUAUAUUUUUUUUGCUCA